AGUAUAUUGUUUACGUCAUAAGGCACGUGUUGUAUUUGCAACUUGGGCAAUGAAUUGAAAGCUGCCUGCUUAGUCGUGUUUGUGAACGAAAAUCCGGAUUCUUUAUCUCAGAUUCGGCGUUAGUGUUCGUAAGAGGGAUGCAAGUUUCUUCUGCAAAUAAUGUAAAGGUUUACAACCUGAGCACUGGUAAAAGCUUACCAGAGUGGCUAUCUGACAGAAAGAAAAGAGCACUACAAAAGUCUGACCAUGAUGUUCAGAAACGGAUCCAACUCAUCCAAGACUUUGAGAUGCCCACAGUUAGUGGGUGUGUUCAAGUUUCCCCCGAUGGACAGUAUAUUUUGGCCACAGGCACGUACAAGCCAAGACUCCGGUGCUAUGAUGUGAACCACCUCUCCAUGAAGUUUGAAAGAUGCAUGGAUUCAGAAGUUGUCAAGUUCCAUGUGCUCUCCGAGGACUAUUCAAAGCUUGUAUUCCUACAAUGCGAUCGCUACGUGGAGUUCCAUGCCAAAUAUGGCCGCUACCAUCGGCUCAGGAUCCCCAAAUUCGGACGGGACCUUGCCUACCACAAAGCAUCCUGCGACCUCUUCCUUGUUGGCGUAAGCCCUGAAAUAUAUCGAAUUAACCUGGAACAAGGCCGUUUCCUGAGUCCGUUCGUUGCUGAUUCAGUGGCUAUCAAUACCUGUUCAGUCAACCCUGUUCAUCAGUUGCUGGCUGCAGGGACCAUUGAGGGACGGGUGGAGUGCUGGGAUCCAAGGACGAGACGGAAAGCAGGGGUUCUUGAUUGCGCUUUGAGCAGCAUUACAUCCCAGACACAGGUGAAAGGAGUACCCGCUGUCACAUCAUUGGCUUUCAAUGGUGCAAUGAGAAUGGCUGUGGGAACAUCAACAGGACAGAUACUGUUGUAUGAUAUCCGUUCCAACAAACCCACAUUGGUCAAGGAUCACAGGAAUGGUCUGGCUAUCCGUAGCCUGGAGUUCAGCCCAGCAACGGAGAUGGUUGCAUCCUCCGAUAGCAGAGCUGUUAAGAUAUGGGACCAGUCAGAUGGUAAACCUUAUGUGACGGUAGAGGCAGAGCAUGAUUUCAAUGAUGUGUGCCUGGUUCCGAACUCAGGGCUUAUGCUGAUGGCUUGUGAAGCUCCAAAGCUACUUUCCUACUUUAUACCGGGUCUUGGACAGGCUCCCAAAUGGUGUUCCUUCUUGGACAGUUUGACAGAGGAACUGGAGGAGAACCCAGCAUCGACCGUCUACGAUGAUUAUAAGUUUGUCACUAAGACAGAGCUCGAGAGCCUAGGUUUGAGCCAUCUAAUCGGCACUUCUCUGCUUCGAGCUUACAUGCACGGUUACUUCAUAGACAUUAGGCUUUAUCACAAGGCUAAGUCUAUUGCUGAUCCUUUCGCUUACCAGGAGUACAGGAAAAACAAGAUCAAAGAGAAGAUUGAGGAGCAGCGAACUAGCCGUGUCAAAGUCAAGAAACUGCCGUCCGUCAAUGCUGCCCUCGCGGAAAAACUCCAAGAAGAGCAACUGUCGGAGAAGGCCAAGAAAGCAAAGAAAGAGGGGGCAGCCAACAUUUUGUCCGACGAUCGUUUCUCGGCGCUCUUCAAGAAUCCAGACUUCCAGGUUGACGAGCAGAGUGAGGAAUUUAGGCUAGUCCAACCUUUGGUCAACAAGCAAUCCAAGAAGAGAGAGAAGCCGGCGAUUGUGGAACAGUUUGAGGAACUAGACCCACAGGAUGAAGAAAUGGAAGGACACGCGAGCAGUGAUGGAGACAGCAGCUCCGAUGAGGAUGAUAGGUCAUGGCAGGAGGAGCUUCGGAGGCAACACUUCGCUCUCCGCCAGGAGAAGAAGAUGAAAAGGGAAGCAGCAGCACGGGACAGUCAGACGUCGGGACCAAAAUUCUAUGAGCUGAAAUCGGGGCAGGAGUUCAGCAUGGCAUCGAAGAAAACGGACGGAGCAAUGAAGAGAUUAAAGAAAGCCAGUCUUGCAGAGAGGGUCGCAAAAGAAGCAGACUUUUUGAGGAAAACAUCGUCAUCUUUGGGAAAUCAACAAAUCAGCUUCAAGUCUGUCAAGAAUGAAAAGAACAGGAAAAGACGAGAAGAAGCGGCUGAGCACCAUAAAGAGAGGAGGAAACUCCGUCGGUCGGCUGGCAAUCUCUCAAAGAAAAAGCACCAUCGGUCGGCCACGUCAUGACGUCACUAGGACUUUAUUAUCCCUCAGAAGCUGCUCGAACGUUUCACUUGGUCACCUGCCCAAGAGAAAAUGUCACCAUGAUACUGCUGCGUACGGCUGUAGAUCUGUAUGACACCAUGAAAUUGAGGGGAAAACCAGAUCAGGAAAUUGGCAACUUCUCUUGCAGGUUGACAUCAUUUUCCUGUCAGCAAAAAGGGGUGUGAUCCUUAACCCAUUUGCUACUGUAACUGGGUGGACCCUGUACAAAGGCUAUGGGAUUGACAGAAUUCAAUAGUCAACAGGUUAACCCAUUGCCUACUGGAACCAGGUGAUCUCUGUACAAAGCCU